GGCGGCAAGAUGGUCAGUUUGGGAGAGUGUCCAGCGGUUUGAGUCCGGCGUGACUGUUGAGGAGCGGGAGGGGUGUCACAGCCCCGAAGCAGGGGCUGGAGCCCUCCUGAGCCUCGUCCUAGAAGUACACACCCAAACACCAUGUUUCUGGCUCGAGUGACCGCUCAGCUCACUAGGGCAGUGCCCUGGGCAGGCCCGUGUUUGUCCAGGUUGGGCCCCGCGGGGCCCCCUCGAGUCUUUGGGGCCAGGGGUUGCUUUUACAGCACCUGGCCGACGGGCAGGAACGGGCCCGCCCCCCAGCCCCAGGGGCGGCGGGAUCCAGAGCUGGAGGAGAUGCUGGUUCCCAGGAAGAUGUCCAUCAGCCCCCUGGAGAGUUGGCUCACGGCUCGGUACUUGCUCCCCAAGCCUGAGGUCAGCAGCCCUGGCCCCCGCCCCAGGACGGUGAAUCUGACCUUGCUCUACGACUGCCCCCCGAGCGAGGCCCGGGCUGGCGAGGAGCCGGGCGAAGGAGGCCCCUGGAGGGCACCCAGGAUGCACUGCAAGAAUGUACUGAAGAUCCGCCGCCGCAAGAUGAACCACCACAAGUACCGCAAGCUGGUGAAGAAGUCCCGGUUCUUGCGGCGGAAGAUCCGAGAAGGGAGAAGGAAGCGGAAACAGAUCAGGUUCGAGAAGGACCUGAAGCGAUUGUGGAAGCGAGCAGGCCUCAAGCAGGCCCCUGAGGGCUGGCAGGCCCCCAAGAUCUAUGUGAAGAGCACCUGAGCCCCUCCUGAGUGCUGUCUGCUGCAGCGUUUUAAUAAAUGUUAUAGAAAUGGCA